AUAGAAAAAAAAAUAUAUUAUUAAUAUUAAUAGAUCUAUUAUAUUUUUUUAUAUUUAAAAUUAAUAGAACUACAAGAAUUAGGUUUAUUAUAUUACGAAAAAUUUUUGAUUGUAUACAUAACUUUUGUAAAUAAGACUGAUCAAUUUUCACGCACCAAUCAGAAUGUUCUUUAUAUAUGUUUUCCUAUUGGCUACAAUUGAAAACACGUCAUUAUAAGUAAAUUGAAAAAAACAAUAUGGCGGCAAAGAAUUCAUAUAAGAUAGUAUUUAGUAUAAGUAUUAUAACUCUUUUAUUAAAUAUUACUUAUAACUUGUUGAAUAUUGAAAAGUAAAGAUACUAUAUAUUGUAUAUGAUUCAUUUUGAUCAUCGAUCAUAAAGAUGGGUAAACACGAAGUGGGAACACCAAAAUAUAUUGCAAAUAAAAUCAAGGCUAAAGGUUUACAAAAAUUACGAUGGUAUUGUCAAAUGUGUCAAAAACAAUGUCGAGAUGAAAAUGGAUUUAAAUGUCAUACAAUGUCUGAAUCGCAUCAUCGGCAAUUGUUACUUUUUGCCGAUAAUGCAAGUCGUUACAUGGAUCAAUUUUCACGUGAAUUUUCUGAAGGAUUCUUAAAUUUAUUGAAAAGACAAUUUGGUACCAGACGAGUUCCAGCAAAUCGAGUUUAUCAAGAAUAUAUCUCGGAUAGAGUUCAUGUACAUAUGAAUGCAACUAUUUGGCUUACAUUAACAGGAUUUGUUAAAUGGUUGGGCCGUACAGGCAAGUGCGUUGUCGAUGAAACAGAGAAAGGUUGGUACAUAACUUAUAUUGAUAGAGAUCCUGAAACAUUAGCUGUUCAAGAAAAGAAAGUAAAAAAACAAAAAAUGGAUAAAGAUGAUCAAGAACAAUUAAUGAAAUUUAUAGAAAAACAAAUUGAAAAGGGUCAGCAACAAACAUCAAUCAAGGAAGAAACAGAAGAAACCAAAGAACCAUUAAUACGUCCAGAUGACACUACACCUUUGGUUUUAGAUAUAAAAUUGAAACCAAAACCUAAACCAGUUCCUAUAAUUAGUCCAUCUACAUCAAAGCAAAGUGAACUUUCUAUUGAGUGUAAUUCUUUUACAGAAGAACCACAAAAGAUUCAACCAUUUAUUAAGUUGGAAUUAAAAAAAAAUGAUAGUAGUUCAAGUUCAGAAAAACACGCUAAAAGUGAAGGAGGUUGGCUUAGGGAAAAAUUGGUAGUGAAAGUAAUUACCAAAAGUCUAGGUGAUAAAUAUUAUAAAGCAAAAGGUAUCGUUAAGUCGGUGGAAAAUUCUGGAUUUGUUGCUAAAGUUAAACUUACUAUACCUGAAGAAGUUGAAGGGCAUUUGAUAAAAUUAGAUCAAGAAUAUUUAGAAACAGUAAUACCUGCUAUUGGUAAAGAAGUUCUAAUACUUUGGGGGAAGUACAAAGGAGAAAAAGGAAUAGUGAAAAAAUUACACAUAGAAGAAUAUACUAUUGAUGUUCAGUUAGAAGGAAAACUUGUUAGAACUCUACCAUAUGAACAAGUAUGUAAAUAUAUUGAUUGAUCGUCUACUGUGCUAAAAAUGAAAGUGUUUUUUUAUUGAAAGAAUAUUGCCAUUAUUGAUUCGUUUGGAGAUGAACAAAUAUACAAAUUAUGAUAAUUUAUAUUUCCUGUAUAUAUUCUAUCCAUUUUUGUACAUUUAUACAGAUUUUUUAUAUUUAUGAGAUCUAAUGGAUUUAUCUUUCUUUCAUCUUAAACCAGUUGUUUAACAGGAGAAAACUUUGCUACUAAUUUAUUUAAUUAUAAACUUGAUAAAAUAAUUGUACAUAGUAUUUUUAAGUGCAAACGUAUGUGAUAAUGAAAUAAUUUAUCAAUUUUAAUGUGCGAUAUUGACAUCAAAGAAAAUCAUAAUUAAUACUAACUAUCGUAUAUAAUGAUAAUUCUAUUUUAUUUUUUUAUCAAUAUGACAGUGGAAAUAAUAAAUACUAUUGUCAAAUGGUGAUAAUAUGUUCUAUAUUUCUGCAACAGGAACUGCCCUUAAGGCUGCUCAUCAACCUUACUUUAUAUAUAUAUAUAUAAAGCUCUAUAUAUAUAUAUAUAUAU